CUUCCGGAGGGCAGUAUAAGCUGUAGCUAGGCCCGUCGUCCCUUGCACAUGCGGUUUUGAUUCAUUGAGUCAGUCUCGUUUCUCCGUCUUAAGAACUUUCCUGUGCCCGAAAGAAUGGCUGAGCCUGAUGUUGACACCGAGCUUCUGGACUACGAGGAUGACGAGGAGCAGCAGGUGGCCCCGGAGAGUGCAGCUCCCGCGGGGAAGAAGGAGGUGAAGGGCUCCUACGUCUCCAUCCACAGCUCCGGCUUCAGGGACUUCCUGCUCAAGCCCGAGCUGCUCCGCGCCAUCGUGGACUGCGGUUUUGAGCAUCCCUCUGAAGUCCAGCACGAGUGUAUCCCACAGGCCAUCCUUGGUAUGGAUAUUCUGUGCCAGGCCAAGUCUGGUAUGGGAAAGACGGCCGUGUUCGUUCUUGCCACGCUACAGCAGAUCGAGCCUGUCGAUGGACAGGUGUCAGUCCUCGUCAUGUGCCACACACGCGAGCUGGCCUUCCAGAUUAGCAAAGAGUAUGAGCGCUUCUCCAAGUACAUGUCCAGCGUCAAGUGUGCCGUGUUCUUCGGCGGCCUGUCCAUCAAGAAGGACGAGGAGGUGCUCCGCAAGAAUUGCCCGCACAUCGUGGUGGGCACACCCGGUCGCACCCUCGCCCUCGUCCGCAACAAGAACCUUAGUCUCAAGAACGUCAAACACUUUGUCCUCGACGAGUGCGACAAGAUGUUGGAACAGCUCGACAUGAGGCGUGACGUGCAGGAGAUCUUCCGUCUGACGCCCCAUGAGAAGCAGGUCAUGAUGUUCAGUGCCACCCUCAGCAAAGAGAUCAGGCCCAUCUGCCGCAAGUUCAUGCAAGAUCCCAUGGAGGUGUUUGUGGACGACGAGACCAAGCUGACUCUGCACGGUCUGCAGCAGUACUACUGCAAGCUGAAGGACAGCGAGAAGAACCGCAAACUCUUUGACCUGCUGGAUGUGCUGGAGUUCAACCAGGUGGUGAUCUUUGUGAAGUCUGUGCAGCGUUGCAUGGCUCUGGCCCAGCUGCUUGUGGAGCAGAACUUCCCUGCCAUCGCCAUCCACAGCAGCAUGAUCCAGUCUGAGAGGUUGUCACGGUACCAGCAGUUCAAGGACUUCCAGAGGCGGAUAUUGGUGGCCACCAACCUGUUUGGCAGGGGCAUGGACAUCGAGCGGGUUAACAUCGUCUUCAACUAUGACAUGCCAGAGGAUUCAGACACCUAUCUGCACAGGGUUGCUCGCGCUGGUCGCUUUGGCACCAAGGGCCUGGCCGUAACCUUUGUGUCAGACGAGACGGACGCCAAGACGCUGAAUGACGUGCAGGACCGCUUUGAAGUCAACGUGGCCGAGCUCCCCGAUGAGAUCGAUAUCUCCUCCUACAUUGACCAGUCAAGAUGAGUUGAGAUGAUGUGAUGGAAGAGCAACAGACCCCCCCCCCUCUCUCUCUCUCUGUCGCUCCUAUUUUAAUUUUUUUCUCCCUCCUCCCUGUUCCCCCCCUUUUGGUUUUUUUUAAAAUCAAGCUCAUUGUGUUCCUACCGGUUUAACUUUAUUUGGUCUCUACUGCUUUUAUUUUUUAAAUGUGCCAAUUGUGUAUUCUGUUGAUUCAAAUUAAACUUUUUAUACACCAUAACACAA